CUAUAUCCUUGUCUUGACAAAAUAUUAUAAGAAUCGGAUCAUAGAGGGCGCUACAGUUUGCAAACGUUGUUCUUCUCGCGAAAAUAAUUUUAGGCAUUUUACAAGCAAUAAGGGGACAAGCCGCAUGUAUUUUUCAACAUGGAGUUGCCACGUGCACAUGAAGUGAAGUCAAAACGGUAUUAUUAUGACAGUUCCGAUAGUGAAAGUGGUGAUGUAAUGGAUUCAGACGAUAGUAUUAAAGACAAAGAUUAUGUGGAAAGUGAAACUAGCAGUGAUUCCUCAGAGGUUUCGACAGAUGAGGGGGAUCCCAACAAUAAUGAUGCAGGAACUGCAACAGAUGCCCCACUUACUUCAACAACAUCAAGAGGUAGCUUACCCAGUCCAGAAAAAUCAAAACCAUCCAGAUGGAAGAGGCCAAGGAGAGAAUGGAGAAAAAAAGAAAAAAACAAAAUUAGGAGGAAUUUGGGUCACAGCUACAAGAAUCACAAGGGAAUUGAAGUAACAGCUAGAGAGUUAGGACCACCAUGUACCUGCAAGAAUAAAUGCCGGGAAAAGCUAGGAGAAAAGGAAUUGGACAUCUUCAAGUCAUUUUGGGACUUAGGCGAUUAUGAUAAGCAAAACAUAUAUUUAUAUUCUUGUAUGGAAGCAAUUCCUAAAAAGCGGUCAUAUCCAAAGAAAACAAAAAAACAGGUUUCAUCCAGAAAUAUUUCAAUAGAGUAUUUUGUCAAAUUAAAUGGAGAAAAUGUUAGACUGUGCAAAAAAGAAUUCUUGUCUGUUCACGGCCUCCAGCACAGUAAAAAAAGAAUCGAAAUACUUUACAAAAAAAUGUCAAAUGAAGGUUCAAUAACGCCUAAGAAAGACAAACGGGGUAAGCACAAAAAUCGUCCAAAUAGAACCCCCGCUGAGAAUUUACAAUCGGCUAGGGACCAUAUAAAUGCUAUUCCAAAGUAUACCAGUCAUUAUAGUAGAAAAAAGAACCCAGGAAAAGUGUAUAUAAACCAUGAUUUAAAUAUUUCGAAACUAUACAAAGAUUACUAUAUUGACUGGUGCAAGGAGCGAGAUCUGGUACAUGUGUCGGAAGAUAGGUAUAGACGUAUCUUCUGCACAGAAUAUAAUAUCGGGUUUAAGCUGCCGAAAAGUGACACAUGUAAAACAUGCGACAUGCUAAAAAUUAAAAUUGAAGAUCCUGGUGCCACUACAGAAGAAAUCAAAAGCGAUAAAAUAAAAUUGGAACUACAUCAAAGGAGGGCCGAAGCCAUGCAACAAAGUUUGAAAAGAGAAACUGAAUAUGCAAAAAUAAGUGGCGAUACUUAUGUUAUAACAUUUGAUUUGCAGCAGGCUCUACCUGUCCCAAAUUUAACAGUUGGACCAGCUUUCUAUUUAAGAAAAGCAUGGGUGUAUAAUUUGGGCAUUCAUGAUUGUGUGACAGGUCAGGGUUACAUGUACAUGUGGCCAGAAAAUGUUGCCAAGAGAGGUAGUGAUGAAAUUGCCAGCAUUUUGUACAAACAUUUUCGAGAACACUCGAUUAAAGGUAACAAAAAACUAAUUGUCUACACCGAUAACUGUGGUGGACAAAACAAAAACUGAUCGAUCAUCUGUUUAUGGCAACAGCUGGUAGUUGAUGGAUGGUUUGAUUCAGUUGAGCAUCGGUUUUUAGUUGUUGGUCAUACUCAUCUUCCUUGCGAUCGAGAUUUUGCUUUGAUAGAGAAGUACAAAAAAGGAAUGAGACAGGUGUAUGAGCCAAACGACUGGUAUCAAGCUGUACAAAAAGCGAAGCGAACAAAUCCGUUUGUAGUGAAUGUUAUUAAGCAGGAGGAUAUAAUAUCAUUCAAAGAUCUACUUACUCAGAUCCAGAAAAAAAAUGUUUUGGAUGACAAAGGCAAACUGAAUUUUAGCCAUGUUAGUCAUUUUAAAUUUUGUCAUGAGGAUCCCAAUAAAAUGUACGUUAAACAUGCAAUAAAUGAGGAAUUUAGAAGUGUCACAAUAAAAAAAAGAGGCAUACGACACAGUAUUUCAUUACGUUUAAAAGACUUAAAAAGAAAAUAUUAUCAACUGCUUCCUUUAAACAACAAAAAAGUGUCAAAUCUUUCCGAACUGCUAAAGUAUAUCCCACCUAUAUAUAUAGAUUUUUAUCGAGAAAUAGGCGCAUGUAUUGUAGUUACAAACCCAACAACUUCAGAGCAAAAUGACGUUGAGGACCUUGAUGCUCGCAGUAGUGAAGAAGAGAACGAUAAUGAAGAUGAUGAAUGAAUGUUGAAGACUUUUUUUCACAUUUUUACACAAUUCCUAUUAUUUAGAAUGAAUAUCUUUUUUAUUUUUUGUUUGGUUAUUAAUUAAUAUAAUAAGUUGUACAGUACUUUUAAAUGUUUGUAUUUUGUUAGAAAGAAAUUGUUUUUAGUGUAUUUUGUAUCACUAUUACUAUUUUGACCUAAAAAACUGUUGAGAUAAGAUUAGGGCAAAAACGAGAUUAGCCACAUUUUUUUUAAAAAAAC